CACUAAUGAGGUGUAACGGAUAGGCGGCACUGAUAGGUGGCACUGAUAGACAGCACUGAUAGGUGGCACUGACUGGCAUCACUGCUGGGCACUGACUGGCGGCACUUCUAGGCAUUGACUGGCGCAACUGCUGGGCACUGACUGGCACAACCGCUGGGCACUGACUGGUGGCAUUGACUGGUAGCACUGCUGGGCUGCACUUAUGGGCACUGGUGGGUUACACUGGUGGGCACAGGUGGGUGGCACUGGUGGGCACAGGUGGCUGGACACAGGUGGGUGGCACUGCUGGGCACAGGUAGGUGGCACGUCUGGGCACAGGUGUAUGGCACUGCUGGGUGGCACAGGUGGAUGCACAGGUGGGCGCACUGCUGGGCACGGGUGG